AUGAAGAUUGAAAAGUCAAUAAGAAACCAAACCGACGUCGGACUUAGGAUGAUGAAGCCGCUGUUUCUCAAUGAAGGCGAAAAUAGUAAUAUAGUAUACUCACCGCUGUCCAUCCACGUUGUAUUGAGCCUGAUAGCAGCCGGUACAAAGGGUCAAACCGAGGAAGAGUUGCUUUCUUUCCUCAAGUCCCAGUCCACCGCCCACCUUAACUUGCUUGCCUCUGAAAUCGUCCCUCUGGUUUUUGCUGACGGAUCACCCAUUGGCGGGCCAAUUUUGUCCUUUGCCAAUGGACUCUGGGUUGACAAGUCGACCCCUCUCAAGCCUUCUUUCAAAGAGGUGGUGUACAGUUUUUACAAGGCAGCUCAAAAGGAAGUCGAUUUCCAGACCAAGGCCGAACAAGUGAGAAUUGAAUUAAAUUCAUGGGCCGAAAAGGAGACUAAGGGCCUUAUUAAAGAGAUUCUUCCUUUUCAGUCAGUUAACAGCUUAACAAGGCUCAUCUUUGCGAAUGCAUUGUACUUCAAAGGAGUUUGGGAUGACAAGUUUGAUGCAUCAGAAACUAAAGAGUAUGACUUCCACUGUAUCAAUGGCAAGUCGUCAGUUAAGGUGCCCUUCAUGACCAGCUAUAAGAAUCAAUAUUUAAAAGCCUUUGACAGCUUCAAAGUCUUAAAGCUCAAUUAUGAAAAAGGUGAAAACGAGGAGCGGCAUUUCUCCAUGUGCGUUUUUCUUCCAGAUGAAAAAGAUGGGCUGCCAACUUUGGUUGAUAGAGUUAGUUCUAAGCCUGGUUUCUUAGAUCGUCAUCUUCCACGCCGGAAAGUUAAAGUGGGUGACUUUAGAAUUCCAAAGUUUAAUAUCGCUUUUGGUUUUGAAGCUUCCACAAUUCUCAAGGAUUUAGGACUAGUACUGCCUUUCCAUGUUGAUCCAUAUAAAGGAGGUAAUUUGACAGAGAUGGUGAACUCACCUCCGGGUGAGACUCCUUCUAUUUCUGGUAUACUCCAUAAAUCAUUCAUUGAAGUUAAUGAAGAAGGAACGGAAGCUGCCGCUGUUACUGCCACUGGGAUAAUAGUUGAGGCACUCUAUCCUUAUCAUCCUCCAAAGACGAUAGACUUUGUGGCAGAUCACCCGUUCUUGUUUUUCCUCAGAGAGGAAACGACUGGAGCAGUGCUGUUCAUUGGGCAGGUGCUCAAUCCGCUCGAAGGCUGAUUGUUACCGGAGUGGUUAGUUUAAAUCAUGUCCGUUCAAUUAAGUUCACUGGCUGAAAUAGUUGGGGCAAACUUCUAGAUUGAUAUAUAAUUUGGUCGUAGUUUAAUUCCUUAACA